AUGGCUGUGGCUGCUUUUGGCGCUGCUCUUGAAGGUAUCAAUGAUUGUGCCACCACCGAGCCAAGCGCAGAGCUUGUCGCUGCCGCCAAGGAAAUGGCUUCCCAAGAAGCUGCCAAGGCCAAAAUUAAUACACAGGCCCGUGAUGACGCUGACACCAAUGUGCCCACCUACAUUCACGUCAUUGCCUCUUCCAAGUCCAAGUCGGAUGGCUACCUCUCUAAAGAAGACGUUCUAGCCACCGUUGAUGGCAUGAACAGUGACUACGAGGGCCUCGGCUUCCAGUUUGACGUCCAGGAGGUCAUCCACACCAUCAACACGACCUGGGCCGCGGGCGAGGACGCCAUGGUCAUGAAGAGACAGCUUCGCACGGGCAACUACAAGACCCUCAACAUUUACUUUGUGCCCAAGUUCCGUGCCAACGGCCAAUGUCCCUUUCCGCGGAGCGUCACCGCGGACUCGGCAGAGUUUUGGGGCGACGGCUGCACAAUCCUCUCCAAAGUGUACGACAAUAAACAGACAACCACCCACGAGGUCGGCCACUGGCUCGGCCUCUUUCACACGUUUCAGGGCGGCUGUGACGAGGACAACGACUACGUGGCCGACACGCCCGCGCUGAUUAACGAAUGGAGCUGCGACAAAAAUGCCGACACUUGCCCCGACAUGCCCGGCAAGGACCCCGUCAACAACUUUAUGAGCUAUGGCACUUGUCGCAACGAGUUUACCCCAGGCCAGGUUACCCGCAUGAAGAGCAUGUACCAAAAGUUUCGUGCUUGA